CUCAAAAAUUGCCAUGUCAAUAUUGUCAAUUUCAAUAUUAUUUAAACGUCGUUUUCUUUAAUUUCUUCGUAUUAAAUUUUUCAUACCAAUAUAAGUUAUUUAAUUAUAUAUAAAUAAUUACUACGUUUAAUAUAAAAGUAAAAACGACAAUGAUAUUGAGAAAGAGGAGUGCAUAAAUAUUUUUAGACACCAUCUGUACAUUACACUACUAAAUCAUGGCCAGCAAGGACAAGGAGAAACCUGGAGAUGGACUUAGAUCUUUAAGGUCUAGCACAGCAUUCAGGGUUAUCAACUUUGAGUUAUAUGCAAAACCUAAUAUUGUCAUAAUGAGUAUUGGAUUGACAUGUUUUGGUAUAGCACUGGGAUACAUUGCCUAUAUGAGAAGUAAAUAUGAAUCAAUGGGAUACUAUGCAGCUGUAGAUAAAGAUGGCAAAGAAAUAUUUGAAAAAAGAAAGUCAAAAUGGGAUUGAUGAAAUAAAAUAGUUGUCCAAUUAAUACUUUUAUUUUAAUCAUAAUUUAUUAAUUUUGUUAAAGUUGUAAUCGAGUUUUAUAU